UGUCGGCUCCGCGGAAACUGCUGCAAAGAAGCACACAUAUACGCACUCUAUACCUACGUGGCGCAUUUCUAUUUUCUACACUACAACGCACUUCCUCUCCUUUCUUUCUUUCUUUCUCUUUCAUUUACCUAUCACUUUUUGUUUUUGCAUAUCAUAAUGACCAACUCACCAUUUCUGACCGAAGGUGACGACCCACAGUUGUUUUCGUCGAAACUGAUAUCGUCAGAGGUCCAAGAAGCAUUACCGGAUGGAUACACUCUUCGGCCUCUAAAGCGAGACGACUAUAGCAAAGGGUUUUUUGAAGUGCUAGGCCAGCUUUCUGUCACUGGGGAGGUAUCGCAACAAGUGUUUGAAGAACGAUUUGAUCUAAUGAAACGGAUGGGAUGCUACUUUGUUGUAUGCGUCGAAGCGGUGGAUGAGAUAGUCGCUUGUGCCACAUUGAUCGUGGAGCACAAGUUUUUGCAUGAGUGCGGUCAGGCCGGACAUAUUGAAGACGUAGUUGUCUCCGAUACACAACGCGGAAAGAAAUUGGGAAUACGGCUGAUCGAUCAACUUAAGCAUAUGGCGCAAGCACUUGGAUGCUACAAGGUCCUUCUCAACUGCAAAGAGCACAACGUUCCAUUCUAUGAGAAAUGUAGCCUCAGCACCGCUCAGGUCCAAAUGACACGUUACUUUGAUAGAGAUUAAGUCCUCCCAGAUGGACAAAACGAAACAUGCAUUAUUCUACACAUAUUACAUAUAUAUCCACAUACAGUAAAAAGCAAACACCUUCACAAACAAGCACCCUACCAC